AUGUCAUCACUCGAUGCCUCGCAAAUCAAAGUUACCGGUGAAGGACUGACUGAGGGAACAACCGGUAAAAAAUGUGAAAUAUAUUUUACCGGUGCGCCCAUCGGUGAACUGGAAAAAGGACUGACCACUAGAGUAGACGGUCCGCAAAAAUCGGAAAUUAUUGUUGACUUUGAAAAGGAAAACUCCGAUGGACAGGUAGAGGCCUACUACGUGCCAAUAGUACCGGGAGAUUACAAAAUAACAGUGCGAUUCAAUGGCCGACAAGUGCCGGGCAGUCCGUUUAAACCUAAAGUUACGGGUCAACCGGUUUCAGCCGAAAAGUUGAUUUCAAAGGCCACAAUCCACGGUCGGGCCUCCGAACUCGGGAAAGCCUAUUCAGUCAACGAGUUUGUGGUCGACUGUUCCCGAGUAAAGCCGGUCAUCGGUAGUCUCAAAGUGCAUGUCAAAGGUCAGGAGCGAUCUUCGGCUCAGUUGAAUCUUGUGGACAACAAAAACGGUACUUUUCGGGUGCUCUAUAAGCCAACGUCCCCCGGAAUGUAUGAAAUGGACAUCAAGAUAGCCGACGCACAUAUACCCGGAUCACCGCUUAAAAUACGUGUCACUGAAUUUUUGUCAUGCUAAAUUUAUGUUAACUAAUUUUUAUUGUUAUUUAAAUAUUAU